AGUAAGUAAGGAACCUUUUUACUGAAAGCUGAAAGUCCUACCAUGUGAAUGACAUUGGCAAAGGGAUGGCGGAAAAGGACGUGGGAGGUUCUGGCUAUGUAAUGACCUUGUCCUUGAAUGGGAUGGAUGGAGAGAGAUGGAAAAUAGCAAAAUCGAUGCAGAGGAAAAUGUCACAAAACUUGGAACCCAUCCUGUGGGGGAAAAUAGAUGGACACAGUCCGAAUGAAAGACAUGUUUUGUGUACAGGCUUGGGUGCGCAUGCUAAUGUAGCUGCAAGUGUGUCAGAGUGUAUCAUGGAGCAGUUGCUAGGACUUUUUUUUACGUAUUUGACCAUGGUUUAAUAUUCAGAGCGUUCUGUUGUUUUAGACAAUGACAGAAAGAAGGAGCCGAGAGGAUGUGAUGAAGACAGACGACGGGGGUUGCAGUCAACAGGGAACAAAAUGAUGCACUGACAGGGGAUGAUGGAGGAUGAAAGAACAAGGCUGGAAUUGGGUGAGAAAAGAGGAAGUCACCUUGGGAGGGACCACUAGAAAAUGGCUGUCCUGGCAUUCUCAGGGAUGACUCAGCUGCAAUACAAUUGCGGUCUUGGCUUGAGUUCACUGAGUGCUGAAUACAUUAAGGUGGUGCAAUUUUUAAGCGUGCUGGUGUGUUUAUUUUAAGGCCUACCAAGCUAUUGACUAGACGCAAACAGCAGAAUCAAUUCACAGUUCAAUGGCUGUAAAAACAAAUCCUCACGUUGAACACAAUUUAACUUCGUCACAGCUCCACCUGCUGGACAGUCGGCAGAAUACAGGUGUAGUACCCGUGUUUGUCCACAGGCGGCAGCACGGCCGCGGCGCACUGCGCGCCCUCAUGUUUACUUCCGGUCUCCUCUGGCUUCCUUACACCAAACGAGGGAAAGUUCAAACCAAAAUAGCACGAAGGUUUUCUCAAAACAGCGAUUCGAGGUGUAAUAAAAUGCACCAACCGCUGUCUUUAUUUCAUAAAUGGAUCCAGGAAAACAACGAGUUGGUAAACAAGUGGAAGGAGCAAGAAGGAGGAGAUACAUUGACCCGGGACCAGAACCAGAACCACACCUGUCUGGUUUGGCAUUCCUCUGAGUUUCACAAACUUUGCAGGAAAAUCCAAGGUAUCGCUCCUAUUGCAGAUCACACACAGUUGGAGUUGACCGUGGUCUACAAUGCCGGUGUGUGCUUGAUCGCUCAGUCUCAGUUCUUAGAAGCUGAGUCGCUCCUCACGAAAGCCACAGAGAGAAUUCUACAGAUGACAGGAGACGGUCCUUUUGCUUCAGAUCCUCCUGUAUUUUGGAAAACCGCUCUUAAAUCAGUGGGAAACACAGCUUUGAAUCGCUGUGUCAUGCACCUUCUAUGUCUGCAAUGGGCAAUAUGGCUCGCCACUUGCAAACUGCAAACUAUACAGGAACUUCAAAAUGAGCUGUUGUCUGUCUUUGAGACACUGUCUUCUGGCGUUUGGGAUGAGGAGGGGAGUGCGCCAAGGACCAAGUCCUCUGACAUUGCUCUACCUGUGAUGGACCAAAGAAGGCUUAUUGAAUUAUUGCAGAUAUGCACUUUCAUUGCCCAAGGUGCAGAACGAUUGAGUGAGGGCCGCAGUUCAGAAGCGCUGUCUGGUCUGCAGAGCGCUUCAUCCCUUCCAGCUCCCAGAACUCUAAUAUCAUACACGCACCUCCUCUCGGGCUCUUGCCUUGCCCAUAUGAGCCGCCCUCAGAUGGCCUUGCAGUGUUACAGAAUGGCACUGGAGACGGACUCCCAGUGUGUGUGCGCUCUGUACCAGAGCAUGCUUAUUUACCGACAGCUUGGCAACACACAGGCUGAGAUACAAGCUCUUCGUUUGCUGCACUCUACUUUAAUGUUGCCCGCUGCCAAAGAGCCUUCCCCGGCUGGUGUGCACCUCCUCCCCUCGUCCUUACUGCUCCAAAGCCAAUCACUGAGCAGCCUGCUCUCAGUUCCUUCAGCCCUCUCCGUUCUUCACAGUUUGGCCCUAAAGUGUGUGCUGCAUGAGAGGGUGGCCGAGGGUGUGGAAUAUUAUUUGGACCUUCUGGCUGCUCUGCACUCAGAAGAUCAACAUGGGGUGCAUGCUGCAGGCCCUCCCCUCCCAAAGUUGCCUGAACUUUACCUGCAGGCUGGUGCUGCCUUGCUCAUGGCCCGGCGGCCUGCCGAUUGCAUGGCGCUGUGUGAUGAAGUCAUCACAACAACACUAGAGCUGCUGCCAGGGAAGGUGGUGUUGAAAGAGCCAGAGGAGUGUGAGGCUGAAACCAGGGCUCUGUGUGAAGAGGUUGAAGAUGGGGUGGGGAUGCUUCUCUGGGUGGGUGCUGCAUACCUCCUCCAGGGUCACUGCCACACUCACCUGAGGGACUGGAAACAAGCUGUGACUACCUACACAAGGUGUUUCAACCUGCUGGUGAAGGUGCGUUUUAAAAAGAGAGGAUGCCAGCCACAGAUUCCAAGUGCAGACAUGAUGAGCAUGCAGGGAACCGAUCUCUGCAUCCUCCAGAGGCUAAAAGGGCUUUCACUAGCUGGUAGAGGCAUCAGCUUCACCCAGACAGACCAACUGAGAGAGGCACUGAGAGACCUGCAGCUCAGCAUUCAGGCAUUCCCAGGGGGUACAGGUGCAGGGCUGUGGUGUGGUGAGGUGCUGUGGAGGCUUGGCAGGAAGCAGGAGGCAGUAGCUUGUUGGGAAAGGACCUGGAGCUUCACCCCACACUUCUCAGAACUGAGUCUAGCGGUGUACCUGCAGGAACCUCAAUCCGGCCCUCUUUUGGAUUCUACGGAGCUGCGCCGCCGAAUAGAGGAAUUAAGUCCUAUCUAGUCAGGCUAGAGGAACAAAGAAGAGUACCCUCUCACUUACUGAACAGGAUCAAUUUUCUCUGGGCUGGGAACUGAAGCUCAGACACACAACAAACAUGUAUCUAUUGGGGCAGUAAAAAAAAAAAGCAUCCUAAAUGGGCUUGCAGUGUUUGACACUGAUAACCGAGUGGUGGUGACAAACCUACCAGGUAUUUUAUGCAUGGAAUAAAGAUUACUUGAUAUGUUGUAAUUUUGAAACAGGGAUUCUGGCUUGCUGGAGAUUAAAUGUGUAUUUUGGCCAAUCAAGAUUUAUCAAGGCUAUAAUAAAUGUUUUGCAAGAAAAUGACAUGUACCAUAAACUUUGAUACUAUUCUACAAUUUAUAUUUAUAUUGUUUUAUGAAAUGAUCACCCUAAUAUAACGGCCAAAUAAAUUUGCGCUGUUUGCACAUAACAACGUUA